AUGUGUGGAAUUUGUUGUGUGCUGAGCCUGUCCGUGUCCCCAGUGCUGCCAGACCGAGUGAGGAAAACCUUAACCAACCGCGGCCCCGACCACAGCCAGGAUGUCACGAAAUCUGUGAUUUGUCCGGAUUUUCGUUGCCUCUUCUCAGCCCAUGUUCUCCAUAUGAAGGGCAGGCUGACUGCACAGCCUCUUCAAGACACUGUAGGUAACCUGCUGCUUUGGAAUGGUGAGGUCUUUGGCGGCCUUGCGGUUGGACCUGAGGAAAACGACACCGAGGUUAUGCUUCAGCAUCUGUCAGCCCAGACAGAUUCUGCUGGCAUAUGUGGCGUCCUUUCUCGGGUCCGGGGGCCUUGGGCUGUGCUGUACUACGAGGCGGCGAACCGUUGCAUUUGGUUUGGCAGGGAUUAUUUUGGCCGAAGAAGUCUGCUGUGGCACCUGGACCCGGCGGAGGUGGUGUUGACUCUCACCUCUGUGGCGUCGUGCCCUGCAUCUGUCUCUGAACCAUCCCAGUGGCACGAAGUACCCGCAGCUGGAAUCUUCAGGCUUGACCUGGAAGAUUGUGCUCAUCACAAGGAGCUGAUCAUAGAAGUUUUCCCUUGGGUCGAAGCUGCUGGCUGUCCCUCUGUCCAUAAUCCUGACUACGCGUGGGAAGACCUGCCACCGUACGCCAGCGUAGUGCCAAAUGCUUCAGGUGUCUCCCUCCGAGCUCCCAUAUGUGCUAUGAACACGAGCACAGCAGCACCACAGAACUGUGAAAAUGCCCCCAGCCCUCAGCUUCCUAUGGAGGCUUUGGCGGAGCUGUUACUACAUAGUGAGCGUGUGGGAAAGGUGAACCAACUCAUUGAGGUGCUGAGUGAAGCUGUGCGCAGGAGAGUGCAAAGCUUACCCUGUAGAAGCAGCAGCACCAGCAGCAGCCCCUCUCUGGAACAAUCAUGCACCAAUGACCAGACUGACAUAGCCAUACUUUUCUCUGGCGGAAUUGACUCGAUGAUUCUGGCCGUCCUUGCCGACCGCCAUGUGCCUGCAGACAAGCCCAUUGACCUCCUCAACGUGGCCUUCAAGCUUCAAGAAGCAAAAAUGCAGCCACAGUCUAGUAAUAGCAAUAAAAAGAAGGGCAAAAAGGCCCAAAAUAAACAGGGCCCCACCACAGAUGAGCCAUGUAAUCAAAGAGAUAUGAAUUCGACUGGCCGAUUUGACGUGCCCGACAGAAUCACAGGCCGCGACGGCUUGCUGGAGCUGCGGCGUCUCAGCCCAGAGCGCAGGUGGAACUUUCUAGAGAUCAACGUCACACCAGAGGAGCUCCAGAGCGCAAGGCAGGAGCGCAUCAGCCACUUGGUGCAUCCCUUGGACACCGUCCUGGACGACAGCAUCGGCUGUGCCGUGUGGUUCGCCUCCAGAGGGGUCGGCGCCAUGGCAACAGCAGACGGCUGCCCAGAACAGAAGCCACACACUUCAACCGCGAAGGUAGUGCUGACGGGCAUCGGUGCAGACGAGCAGCUGGCGGGCUACUCCAGGCACAGGGUGCGGUUCAAGAGCGACGGCCUCCCGGGCCUAGUCAGGGAGCUGGCCAUGGAGCUGGGCAGGAUCUCAUCACGCAACCUUGGCAGAGACGACCGCGUCAUCGGGGACCAUGGGAAGGAAGCCAGGUUUCCAUACUUGGACGAGGAUGUGGUGAGUUUCCUGAACCAGCUGCCAGUGUGGGAGAAGGCGGACCUGUCUCUGCCGCGGGGCCUGGGAGAGAAGCUGCUGCUGAGGCUGGCCGCCAGACAGCUGGGCCUGGCCGCCUCCGCCGUCCUGCCCAAGAGGGCCAUGCAGUUCGGCUCCAGGAUCGCCAAGAUGGAGAACAGCCGCGAGAAGGCAUCGGAUAAGUGCAAGAGACUCAUCACAGAAUGAAUGGGUGUGUGGGUGG